AUUGACUAGCAAAAGCACUCAGUGCAAACUCCAGGAGCGUCUGGUCAGAUCAGCAGCUAUAUAUAUUGUGAGGCAGGAUUUGGUGGUUAGCGAGCGAGCUAACAGAGCUAUUCAUUCGAUGUUUCCAGCCAGCCGAUAUUCACUUCAAGCACGGCGUUGUAUACGUGCAUUGAAAGCAGUUCAAGGGGAGCAUGUGGCACCACAGGCGUAUACAACGUCUAGAUGUUGCUCCUCCGCCCCCGUAUCACGAAUCACAACACAUUACACGGUUUACCCCAGGGAUAAGGAUCCACGAUGGGAAGGCAUGGAGAUGGAGCGCUUUGCAGAUGAGGCAGACGUGGUCAUUGUAGGAGGUGGACCUGCUGGCCUGUCAGCAGCCAUCCGGUUGAAGCAGCUGGCGAAUGAACAUGAGAAGGAGUUGCGUGUGUGUCUGGUGGAGAAAGCGGCACAGAUCGGAGCACACACACUGUCGGGGGCCUGCCUUGAGCCCUCUGCCCUUAAUGAGCUUUUCCCAGACUGGAAAGAGAGAGGGGCCCCUCUUAACACACCAGUAACAGAAGACAAGUUUUCCAUUCUGACAGAGAAAUACCGCAUCCCUAUUCCAAUUUUACCAGGUCUUCCGAUGAAUAACCAUGGCAACUACAUAGUGCGUCUGGGCCACUUUGUGCGCUGGCUGGGGGAACAGGCUGAAGAACUGGGCGUGGAAAUCUACCCUGGUUAUGCUGCAGCAGAGGUGUUGUUUCAUGAGGACGGAAGCGCGAAAGGAAUUGCAACCAAUGACGUAGGCAUCGCCAAGGAUGGCUCACCAAAGGAUGUAUUUGAGAGAGGCAUGGAGCUCCACGCUAAAGUCACUCUGUUUGGAGAGGGUUGUCAUGGACACCUGGCCAAACAGCUCUACAAACACUUCAACCUGAGGGAGAACUGUGAACCUCAGACCUACGCCAUCGGCCUAAAAGAGCUUUGGGUGAUCGAUGAGAAGAAGUGGCGUCCAGGUCGUGUGGAGCACUCUGUGGGUUGGCCACUCAAUAGGCAUACUUACGGUGGCUCAUUUCUCUACCACCUGAACGAGGGAGAGCCGCUGGUCGCCCUUGGCUUUGUGGUGGGUUUGGACUACACUAACCCAUACCUCAGCCCAUUUAGGGAGUUUCAGCGUUGGAAGCAUCAUCCUUCUGUUGCCUGUACUUUGGAGGGGGGCAACAGGAUAGCUUAUGGAGCCAGAGCACUCAAUGAGGGGGGCUUCCAGUCGUUGCCUAAGCUGACAUUUCCUGGUGGGAUGCUGAUAGGGUGCAGUCCAGGGUUCAUGAAUGUGCCCAAGAUCAAAGGUACACACACGGCCAUGAAGAGUGGCAUGCUGGCAGCUGAGGCCAUCUUCAAAAAAAUCACAGAUGACAACCUCGAUUCCCAGACAGCAGGAAUCCAUGUUCCCGAAUAUGAGGAAAACUUAAAGAAGUCCUGGAUCUGGAAAGAGCUAUAUUCUGUUAGGAACAUCAGACCAUCUUUCCAUAAUUACUUUGGUCUUUACGGAGGGAUGAUUUACACAGGAAUAUUCUACUGGAUCUUCAGAGGGAAAGAGCCAUGGACCCUGAAGCAUGCUGGCAUGGACUCAGCCCAGCUGAAACCAGCCAAGGAUUGCACUCCCAUUGAGUACCCAAAGCCAGACGGGAAGAUAAGCUUUGACCUGCUGUCCUCUGUGGCACUGAGCGGGACCAACCACGAACAUGACCAGCCUGCGCACCUCACGCUGAGGGACGACAGCGUUCCCGUGGCACGAAACCUGGCCAUCUACGACGGGCCCGAGCAGAGAUUCUGUCCCGCAGGUGUGUAUGAGUACGUUCCUCUGGAGUCAGGAGAUGGAAUGAGGCUGCAGAUCAAUGCUCAGAACUGUGUCCACUGCAAGACAUGCGACAUCAAAGACCCCAGUCAGAACAUCAACUGGGUCGUGCCUGAGGGCAGCGGAGGGCCAGCCUACAAUGGCAUGUGAUUUUUUUUUUUUUCCCCCUCUCCUGUUUUUUCCGGCAUAUCGUAGUGGCUUUUUUGUGCCUGGCACUUGGACUUUAACGAACACUAUUCAGGGCUAGUUGUUAACAAAAUUCCAAUGGACUGUACAAAAUUUCCCACGUGCCUAGAGAAAGGAACAGAAUGUUUCCAUAUCCAACCCGAUAUGGGCAUUAAGUGAAACUAUGACAAAGGGGCUUUGUGUGUUUACGUAUGUGAACUGUACGGUUUGAAAAGAAACUUCGACCGGUAUUAUAUGUUACGUAUUUGUAUGACCAUGAUUGUCUGACAAUUGUCAAAUGAGAGAAUCAGUGUUUCUGAGUGGACAGCAGGGAAAAACUGGGUGUUGAAUGAAGGUGGUUGUUGGAUUCAUGGCAUGACCUAAUGCAAGUACUGUUAGCAGCUUGUCGGGAAGAAUGUGUAUAUAAUAUGACUUAAUGAACCAGUUUGA